CCGAGCAGGGGAGUGGGAGGCCCUGAAGCAGCCAGCAGUAAGAAGAGAAGCUAAAAGGCAGGGACUCCACAAGACCCAUGGCGCAGGCCCUCGGCAGCCGUGGGUGAGGACGAGGUGGUCAGCCUUUCUCUCGUCCUGCUGGGCAUAGGCUCUGGCCUUGGUGCCAUCCAGGAGCCACUGAAAUCCAAGCUGGGGUGAGGCAAGGCGGCUCCUGCUCCUAAGCCCUGUGUUUUUGAUCCGCCCUCACCCGCCCUCGGCUGCCCACUGGCCAUGUAAGAUCUGCCCAGGUGGCCAAGGCCACACGAAAGAGGCAGCAUUGGAGCAGGUAGCGUCCAUGUCGCUGGCUGGGCUUGGGAGCCAAGGGCGAGAUAGACAGAUCUGGGCCUCUGGGGGCCCUACAGGGCCCCUGAGCAGUCAGAGAGAGAGCUUCCCAGGCCCCUGAAGCACCGUGGCUAGCCUCAAAGAUGCCAACCAACGGCCUGCACCAGGUGCUGAAGAUCCAGUUUGGCCUUGUCAAUGAUGCCAACCGCUACCUGACAGCAGAGAGCUUCGGCUUCAAGGUCAACGCUUCGGCAUCCAGCCUCAAGAGGAAGCAGAUAUGGGUGCUGGAGCCUGACCCCGGACAGGGCACUGCUGUGCUGUUCCGCAGCAGCCACCUAGGCCGCUACCUGUCGGCAGAAGAAGAUGGGCGCGUGGCUUGUGAGGCAGACCAGCCCGGCCGAGACUGCCGCUUCCUGGUCCUGCCGCAGCCUGAUGGGCGCUGGGCGCUGCAGUCGGAGCCACACGGCCGCUUCUUUGGUGGCAGCGAGGACCAGCUGUCCUGCUUUGCGACAGCCGUGUCCCCGGCGGAGCUGUGGACGGUGCAUCUGGCCAUCCACCCGCAGGCUCACUUGCUGAGCGUGAGCCGCCGGCGCUACGUGCACCUGUGCCUGCAGGAGGACACGAUGGCAGCAGACGGUGACAUGCCCUGGGGCGUGGAUGCACUGCUCACCCUCAUUUUCCAGAGCAGGCGGUACUGCCUCAAGUCUUACGACAGCCGAUACCUUCGCAGUGACGGCCGCCUGGUCUGGGAGCCCGAAGCCCAUGCCUGCUACACACUGGAGUUCAAGGCAGGCAAGCUGGCCUUCAAGGACUGUGAUGGCCGCUACCUGGCACCCGUGGGGCCUGCCGGCACACUCAGGGCUGGCCGCAAUACGAGGCCCGGCAAGGAUGAACUCUUUGACCUGGAGCAAAGCCACCCGCAGGUGGUGCUGGUAGCAGCCAACCGCCGUUAUGUCUCUGUGCGGCAAGGAAUCAAUGUCUCAGCCAAUCAGGAUGAGGAACUGGACCACGAAACCUUCCUGAUGCAAAUAGACCAGGAAACAAAGAGGUGUACUUUCUACUCCAGCACUGGAGGCUACUGGACCUUGGUCACUCACGGGGGCAUUCAGGCCACAGCUACCCAAGUCUCUGCCAACACCAUGUUUGAGAUGGAAUGGCACGGCCGGCGGGUGGCGCUGAAAGCCAGCAAUGGACGUUACGUGUGCAUGAAGAAAAACGGGCAGCUGGCCGCCAUCAGUGACUUUGUGGGUGAGCCUCCCCUGCCUUCUGUGGGUCGGACCCCAGGGGCAGGAGCAGUCCACGCGCCUCCUUCUGCAGGUGGAGACGAGUUGUUCACCCUCAAGCUCAUCAACAGACCCAUCCUGGUGCUGCGGGGCCUGGAUGGCUUCGUGUGCCACCGCCGCGGCUCCAACCAGCUGGACACCAACCGCUCCACCUACGACGUCUUCCACCUGAGCUUCAGGGACGGCGCCUACCAGAUCAGAGGCCGCGGAGGUGGCUUCUGGUACACCGGGAGCCAUGGAAGCGUGUGCAGCGACGGCGACCUGGCGGAGGACUUCCUCUUCGAGUUCCGAGAGCGCGGCCGCCUGGCCAUCCGUGCCCUCAGCGGCAAGUACCUGCGCGGCGGCGCCUCGGGGCUGCUGCGCGCGGACUCAGACCUGCCGCUGGGGGAAGCGCUCUGGGAAUACUGAGGACCCAUUAAACCUUCGU